GCAAAAAAGUAUAAGAGUGUGUUUGAGUGAGUGAGUUGAAAUCAUGGGAAGGUUUUUGAAAGCUUUAGGAACGUCCUUUUUAGUGUUGACACUUGGUGUGUUGUUUGUGGGGUUAGCGGAGGGAAGGCGAUUGGAGGAGACAACCAAUGUGGGUAAGGAGGGUUGUGAAGAAGGGGGUUUAGGUCCAUUAGGAGGUGGUGGUAAAGGUGGUGGGUAUGGAGGUGGAGGUGGCAUCGGUGGGGGUUAUGGAGGCGGUGUAGGAGGAGGUCAUGAAGGUGGUUAUGGUGGCGGUGCUGGUGGUGGUGGUGGUGGUGGUGCUGGAGGUGGCUAUGGAGGAAGCCAUGGAGGAGGAGGUGGAUCUGGAGGAGGUGUUGGUGGUGGUUACGGAAGUGGAGUUGGAGGAGGUUCUAGUGGUGGUUAUGGAAGUGGUACAGGAGGAGGUGCUGGUGGUGGUUAUGGAGGAGGUGCUGGAAGUGGCUAUGGAGGAGGCCAUGGAAGUGGUGCAGGUGGUGGUUAUGGAGGAGGGAAAGGUGGAGGUGUUGGUGGUGGAGUAGGAGGUGGUGCAGGUGGCGGCUACGGAGGAGGACAUGGAAGUGGAGUUGGUGGAGGAUAUGGCCAUGGAGGUGGUGCUGGUGGUGGUUAUGGAAGUGGUACUGGAGGAGGCUAUGGAGGAGGUGCUGGUGGAGGACAUGGAGGUGGUUAUGGUGGAGGAGCAGGCAGUGGUUCUGGAGGAGGAGCUGGUGGUGGCUAUGGAGGAGGAGCUGGUGGUGGCUAUGGAGGAGGUUCUGGAGGAGGAGCUGGUGGUGGUUACGGAGGAGGUGCUGGUGGAGCAUCUGGUGGUGGCUACGGAGGUGGCGCUGGUGCAGGCCAAGGAGGAGGAUAUGGAGGUGGUGGCUACUAAGGAACAUCACUGAUCAUGUAAACGAACAAAGUGAUAAUUCGUUCAGAACUAAAUCGUAAUGUUUUCAUUAUUAGAUCAAUGAUAGUAGCUAAUUAGGUAUUCUAAGCCAUUUAUGCAUGUGCAUGUGUAUGCAUGUAGCCAUGCACAUGCAUUGUUAGUUCGUUAUACGUAAAAAAAGAAAUAAGUUGCAUUCUACUUUUUCUAUUGUAAUUGUUUGCUUUAAUUUUUAACUUUUAGAACAUGUUGAGCAAUUAUUUGGAGUUUAUAUCAAAUAUAUCAACCAAUGUAC